AUGACGGAAUACCAAGUCAAGCUUGACAAAGGUGUCGUUCCUACUAAAGACACCAAAAUUAUCUUGGCCAACACCAUUAAAGUACCUCCGAUUGUGUGGGAUUGGAAGCCCGAACAAGAAGAAGACGCCAAGCAAGCUUUUGAUAAGGCGUUUGAGCUUGGCAUCCCUUUCUACGAUACCGCUGAAGUUUACGGCGAUGGCGAAUCGGAGCGAGAAAUCAAACGUUUCCGUGAACGUUAUUCAGAGACUGACCGAGAACAACAAGUCGUCGCUACGAAGUAUUUCCCACACAAAGAACGAGUGGACUUCCCUCGCGUCUUGAUGUCAGCUUUGAAGGACUCGUUGGAUCGUCUGGGCAUGCGUCACACUGACUUGUACCAAAUUCACGCGCCUAUUCAUCCUGCCUCUAUCGAAGUGGUUGCGGAUGCAUUGGCGGAUGCUUAUGAGGCUGGACUGGUGAAAACAGUCGGUGUGAGCAAUUAUGGUACGGAAGAAAUCGAACGCAUGCAUACGGCCCUUAAAAAGCGCGGCGUUCAGCUGGCUUCCAAUCAAAUCUGCUACAGUUUGAUGCGUCGCAUUCCAGAAACCUCGGGCCUUAUCAAACUAUGUCAAGAACGCGGCGUCGCCAUUUUGGCUUAUUCUCCUUUGUACAUGGGUAUGCUUACCGGCAAAUACCCUGUGGACGGCCCUUUCCCUGAAGGCCGAAAGAGACGAUUCGAAAGCUUCGAUAAGGAACGUUUGUCCAACUUGUUGACUGCUCUGAAAAAGCUGGCGGACAAGUACAAAAAGCCACAAAGUGCUAUUGCUCUGAACUGGGUGAUGGCCAAAGGCGCCAUUCCUAUUGCUGGUGCCCGCACCGCCAGCCACGUGGAGCAGAACUACACCGCCUUGGACUUUUUGAUCAGCGAGGACGAAGUCGCCGAAUUGGAUAAAUGGUCCUUUGAAGGUGAAAACAACAAGGAAUGGCAGCAUGGCUAA